AUGUAUUUUAUUUUAUCUUGUAUUCGAUAUCCAUUAAAUAGAUUUAUUUAUCGACAAUUUUCAACUUCACCAACAAAUCGGAAUCUUUUUAAAAGUUUAUAUAAUCAUUUUCAACAUGGACAAAGAGCAAAAAAAGCUGCACAAGAACGUGGAAUUGAUUUGAAAAAUUUAACUCCAGAACAAAAAUUAAAACUUCGACCAAUCUUACGAUUAAAAAGUGCAUUUCGUGUUGUUAAUGUUGUAAUGGGUAUGAUGGCAGUUACUGCUUUUAUUGUUUGGUAUAAACGUCGUCAAACCCAGUAUUAUAUUGGCAAAGAAAUCAAUGAUGAAUUAAAACCAAUUUGGAUGGAUUUAAAAUAUUUUAAACAUAAAGGUGCUUUAAUUGAUAAUUAUUUAUUACCUGAACAAAUUGUUGGAAAAUUAAAUGAUAUAAAAAAAUUUGAAUUUAAGAAAACUGAUUGUAUUUGUUCAUCUUUUCCUAAAUCAGGAACAACAUUAAUACAAGAAAUUGUUUAUUUAAUUCAAACAAAUUUUGAUUAUGAUUCAGCAAAACAAAUUGAUAUAUCUGAAAGAUAUUCAUUUCUUGAAUGGCCAACUACAAAUCUUAAAAAACUAUCUUUAAAUUCAAAUGAAAAAACAAGAUUUUUUAAAACACAUUUACCACCAAAAUUCUUUAAUGAAACUUUUCCAAAAGCGAAAGUAGUUUAUGCUUAUCGAAAUCCAAAAGAUGUAACUGUAUCAUAUUUUCAUUUUCUUCGUUCAAUUAAUAUUGAAUUAAAAUAUUCUGGACCAUGGAAUCAAUUUGUUCAAUCCUUUCUUAUUGAUGAAGUUUAUUAUGGACCUUGGUGGAAACAUGUUAAUGAUUAUCAUGCGUUAAAUGAUCAGAUUUUUUUUGUUAGUUAUGAAGAUUUACUUACUAAUUUUCGACCAACUGUUCGUCGUUUAGCAGCAUAUUUAGGAAAAGAAAAAGAAUUAACAGAUGAACAAUUAGAUAAAUUAGAAAAAUGGUGUUCAUUUGAUUCAAUGAAAAAUAAUUCGAGAGUUAAUUAUAAUUGGAUGAAAGAAUGGGGUUUUACUAAUAAAAAUUUUUCAUUUUUAAGAAAAGGUGUAAUUGGUGAUUGGUUAAAUUCUUUUGAUGUUGAUCAAUCAAGACAAUAUGAUACAAUGGUGUCUAGUCGUAUUUCUUCAUCUAUCCCACCAUUUAAUUAUGGAAUAUCUUCCGAAGAUCAACAACGACUUUAUGAUUAUGAUUCUGAACGACGUCGUUCCGAAUCAUCUCCAAAAUAA